GGGAGUCCUGGGGGCCCGAGGGUCGGGAGGGGGCCGCGGAGGGUGGUUUCAGGGCGAGGCGCGCGGAGCCGCGGGUGGGGGUGCCGCGCGUCCGGGGAUCGGCGCCGCGGUCUGGGGAGGGGGCGCGCGCGCCUUGCGGUUUUCCGCGCCGGCUCGGUUCCCGGUGCGGGGUCGCGGCGGCAGCGGGAGGCGGAGGAUGCGGGCUCCAGCGGCGGCGUCGCGAGCUCGGGAGGACGCGGGAGGAUGAAGAGGAGGCCGGCGGUCCGGCCGCGCGGCGCCGGGAGGAGGCGCAGGCGGCGGGGGCGGCGGCGGGCGGCGGCGGGCGCGCCGGGUGCGGGCCGGCUCGGGCGCGGAGGAUGAAGUGGAGCGUCCGCGGGGCCUGCGCCGCGCUUUCCUCCAGCCUGCUGCUCGCCUGCGCGCUCAGCGCCGCCGCCGUCGGCCUCAAGUGCUUCUCGCUGGGCUCUGAGCUGCGCGGGGAGCCGUUCCGGCUAGGGGCGGCCGCCGGCGCCUUUUACUCCGGGUUGCUGUUGGCCGCCGGCCUCUCGCUGCUCGGCGCCGCCCUGCUGUGCUGCGGGCCCCGGGAGGCGCCCCUCGCUGGGUCAGGGGCCGGGCCGGGCUCCGGACUUGGGGUCCCCGCAUCCCCAACGGGCGCUCCGGAGCCCUCUCCUGGAGAGACGCGGGCGGCUGCCGGGCCCUUGGGGCGGGUGAAUAGCCAGAACCUGCUGCUCCUUGGCGUCCUGGUCUUCAUGCUCGGGGUCCUCAGCGCCUUUGCAGGAGCAGUGAUCGACGGCGACACGGUGUCCCUGGUGGAACGCAAGUACUCCCACUAUUGCCUGCCCCCGCGCACGCCGGCCGCUGUCCCUGGCCCGGCUCCCGGCCCGGUAGCCCCGGGCUCCAGCACGCCGCGCGCCCGCAGCACCCUGGACAGCGCCACGUCCGCCAAAUGCCGCCAGCUGAAGGACUACCAGCGCGGCCUGGUGCUCUCCACUGUAUUCAACUCGCUCGAGUGCCUGCUGGGCCUGCUCAGCCUCCUGCUGGUCAAGAACUACAAGUCGUCGCAGGCCAGGCGCGGCCGGCGCGGCCGACGGAGGGCAAGCCGGUCUUUGGCGCGGCCGCGAGGCGGACCCGGGCUCCGCGCUCAGCCUCUAGCCUCCCGGACCCGGCGUGGCCGCCGGGGCAAAAGGGGGCGGCGGCUGCAGCCACGGCCCAGCGAGGCCUCCAUCCUAUCCCCGGAGGAGUCCGACUUCACCACCCCAGGAGACUGCGCGAGCUUCGCGGCGCACCACGCUGUGUCCUACAUCAACGUGGGCGUCUUCCAUGCGUUUGACGAGGCGGGCGUGGAGGUGUGCUGUGGCGGGCACCCGUCGGUAGAGCUGCCAGGGUACGCGCCCUCGGACCCCGACCUCAACGCCUCCUACCCCUAUUGCUGUCGGCCGCCCGGUGAGAUGGCGCGCCCUUGGGAGCCUAGCCGGGCCUGCUGAGUCCAGGCCCUAUAGGCCUGGGACAUCCAAAAGGGCAGCAGUCAGGCUUUGCUUGGCCAACGUUGUGCCUGCGCGUGGCUUGGCACUUUUCUGGCCCGGCCCUGGGAGAUCUGCGAGACCCUAGGACACUCUGAUAUUCUCCUUUCUGUGUGAGGAGGUGUCUCCCUCUGUGUCAUUCGUAUCCGGACUCCAUUUAAAGUUUACAAUAAAUGUUUGGGGUGGGCUUGCAGAUCACACUUCUGUUAGACAAGUCCGCACCCCAGGACUGCGCUCGGAGGUCCUGGGUCGAAUGGGCAAGAACAGAACGCUCAUCGAAGGUGAAUUUCGUGUGGAGGACCUCGGCUGAGAGUACAAAGCAGUUGGAACUGUAGGAACAGAAGUGAAGAACAGCCAACAGCAACACUUUGUACCCGGAUGUGCCUGCUUCUGUCGACACUUUCUUACUGUAAAGCUCUCCAUAAACAGUGAAAAUGUUUGGUAAAUUUAUUGCAAUUUGACAUUGGUGAGUUCCUUUAUUAAAUCGGUUGCUAUGUUAUUGGAGAAUGUUCAUCAGCUUGGAAUUAGAGGAUGUCUACAGUCAAAUCAGCAUGGGGGAGAGUGGCUGAAUUGGGACAGACAAAUGCUGAGUUAGAACAGCUGUGUUCUGCUAGCUGGGUGACUAGGUCCAACCUGUCUCUGAGCUAACUGCUGUGCGUGGAGACACUGAUGCCAGACCCCUGCAAUUCUGUUUUUGGAAACUGGCUGUGUGGUUUCUACUGCAAAGCAGUAGGUUUUAUUUUUGGUUAAUACAUAUGAACAGUUUAAUCCUAUUUUGAAAAAUCAAAGUCCUAGUUUUUCUGCAAAGAUAAAUUUCCUGUUAACUCAAUAAUCUGGUAAUUUUGAUUAUAUAGCAUUUCAUUUAAAAUACACCACUUUAAUAGCCUUAAUGAAUGUGAAGGACAUAACUUUAAGUGAGUUUAAUAUGCGUGUAACCAUUUACACACAAAUGAAAUGAGUUCUCUAUGA